UCAUUUUCAGUUGUCUUAUUGUAUUCACGAGGUGAAAGAAGCGCUGUGUUCAAUGCUGUUAGUGCCGUGAACUGUUUAUUAGUAGUCCUCGCCGUUGUGUACUGGGACGUGACACCGACAGGGGAAAGCUGGAGUGCGGAGACGUUAGCUGGCAAGCCGCGAAAAUCGUGACGAACCAAGUGCUGAAAUCUUGGUUGGGACAAAUCAAACGUUCAGCAUUUACCUCAACCAAGGACCAUGCCGUUUGCUCUGUCCACUUCCUGAAGAUGGAUGCGCUGCCUGCUGGAGACUCUCCUAUCUCUCGUAACAUCUUCUGAAGCCAGGUGCUUAUGACAGCUGCAUGGUGAAGCGCAUGCUGAAGGCUGGGAUUCCGUCGAGCAAAGCACCGCAGUACGAGCAGCGGGCCCUGCUCGCCAAUAUGUCCCUGGCACAGGUUGCUGACAUUCCGGUUAAUGUGCUUGCCUACGUGUUGCAGUCUACGCGAGAUGAAGCCAGCGCUAUCCAACAAUGUAUCGAGGGGAGAUCUGGGACUUGCAGUACCUACUCGCCAUGUCAGAACGGCGGUCUAUGUGAGCUGUCCCAACCUCAAACGGAAUACAUGUGCAAGUGUCCCAGUGACUUCACUGGCGACAGCUGUCAAUCAGCUCAUCCUGCCCCAUUAGAUGAGUUCAGGAGUCUACAAAAUGAAGUUGAAGAGCUACGAACGCAACUGGCAGACACUCAAAGUAGAACUCAGUACGAUGGCACUGGUUGUAACCGGAUGAGCGUUGGUUACAAGUAUCAAAGUCUUGUACGCGCCAACGACAUUGAUGAAGGCCGUAUCGCAACACUGCCGUUCAGAAAGAAGCAUACCAGCACUGUACUCAAGCUGUCCUAUUCUGGUGCUAUACGGACAUGGGGAUCAGGCACAGCUGCGAGGUGGUACUUCAAGAUCGACAACAGGGAGUGUGUUAGACCUACGAAAAUCGACAUAGCAAUGUACCAGGGCAGUGGCGACAACACGCACAUCCCAGCCGUGCUAACUGGCAUUUGUGAGUCAACGAACAGCACUGGAGUGAACAUUGCAGCUGGAGAUCACAAUAUCACUGUACAUGUCGGAAGAGUUUCGGGUUAUGGCAUUGGUGAUCCCGACUCGGGAUGGGCGUCUACAUCUAUUCUGGAAAUUCAAGAAAUGUGUCCUCAAUACUAACCUUCUCUUCAAGUACGUUAAUGUCUAUCCCCACUACUUACCUAAUUUUGGUUUACAUAUCACAACCAGUGCACGACGUCCCAAUAACGGCUGAUAUUGACAAACCAUGGACAGUGCUGUUCAAAUCUCUUUUUCCAUAAAUACAGCACCCUCUGGAAUUGUCUGCCCCCUAAGAUCACCUCAACCAGUUUAAGCGAAUUUAAGGAAGAACUGCACAAACAGUUUUACGAGCAUUGGUUUCACUGCAGUGGAAUUCCGUCACAUCAUCUUCUUUAGAAGCUUAUCUCUGGCACAUUUUUCAUCAUUUACAUGUAGUAUCCCAGUUCUGAAAGCUUACAAUAAUAUGCUCAAGCGCAGAGCUCUGCCCUAGACUAUGUCUUUUUCUCUUUCUUUGCUCACUAUUGCUCGUCACUUCUUUUA